GGGGACAGAGAGCGCCGGAGACGGAGCGAGAAGAACCAGGCAGCACCGCCCAUACACACACACACACACAGGGUACCGUUACACCUGUUAUUCGUGCACGCGGGUGGAUCUCAGGAGCGCAGUGGAGAUGAUGGUGUAGUCGCAGGCAGGGAAUUUGUUCCGUGUAUCGGUGAAUGUAAUUCCUGUACAUUGACCGGCUGGUGAGCGCCCGGUUUCCGUUCUCUCUGGUUUUUUUUCCCGACCCGACAGUCGCCUCCUCUUCGAGAGAUACGAGCCGAUGCGAUUCUUCAGACUCACCUUCAAGUGUUUCGUGGAUUGUUUUUGAAGGAUGGAGAAAAGCGAGAAGAGUGUGUUUGGUGAUAACGGCUGUGCCAUUGACUUGGGGUCGGACACCUGCGUGGUGGUGAACGGGAACCACCACCAGGCCGCUAACAGCACUCUUAUAGAUGCCAGCGGCGAGAAGAAGCGCAUCCAGCCUGAGAGAGAGACAUGGACCCGGCAGAUGGACUUCAUCAUGUCUUGCGUGGGCUUCGCCGUCGGACUGGGGAACGUGUGGAGGUUCCCUUACCUCUGCUACAAGAAUGGUGGAGGAGCCUUUCUCAUUCCCUACCUGUUGUUUAUAUUCCUUGGUGGAAUUCCUAUUUUUUUCCUGGAAAUAUCUUUGGGCCAGUUUAUGAAGGCUGGAAGCAUCGCCGUAUGGAACAUCGCUCCACUCUUUAAAGGACUCGGCUAUGCCUCCUCAGUUAUCGUGUUCUAUUGCAACACCUACUACAUUAUGGUCCUGGCAUGGGCUUUCUAUUACCUUAUAAAAUCCUUCACCGCUGUACUGCCGUGGUCCACUUGCACAAACUACUGGAACACGGAGAACUGCAUCGAGACCUUCCGCCAUGACGCCUGCAGGAACGGCACCAACUCCAACUACACCUUCAUGAACAAGACCUGCGAGGAGUUAGAGAACGCCACCUCGCCCAUCAUCGAGUUUUGGGAGAACAAGGUGCUGCGUAUCUCUGAAGGUCUGGACAGUCCGGGUCAGAUCAACUGGGAGAUGACUUUGUGUCUGGUGGCCGUCUGGGUGUUGGUUUACUUCUGUGUAUGGAAGGGAGUGAAGUCUACAGGAAAGAUUGUAUAUUUCACUGCCAUGUUCCCCUACGUUGUCCUGGUCAUUCUUCUGGUGAGAGGGGUGACCCUUCCUGGGGCCUAUGAUGGGAUUAUGUACUAUCUCAAGCCUGACUGGUCAAAGAUUCAAGAAGCACAGGUCUGGAUCGAUGCCGGCACUCAAGUGUUCUUUUCUUACGCGAUCGGACUCGGAGCGCUGACCGCUCUUGGCAGUUAUAACCGAUUCAACAACAACUGCUACAGGGAUACGUUCGUGUUGGCCAUGAUAAACAGCGGUACCAGUUUCUUUGCUGGCUUUGUGGUUUUCUCCAUUCUGGGUUUUAUGGCUGCUGAGCAAGGUGUGGACAUCUCCAAAGUGGCAGAGUCAGGGCCGGGUCUGGCGUUCAUCGCGUAUCCCAAAGCCGUGUCGAUGAUGCCCGUGGCACCGGUCUGGGCCACACUCUUCUUCUUAAUGCUGCUGAUGCUGGGGCUGGACAGUCAGUUUGUUGGAGUGGAAGGCUUCAUCACUGGCAUCCUGGAUCUGCUCCCUACGAAGUAUAACAAGCGUGAAAUCACUGUGGCAUCCUGCUGCAUCUUGUGCUUUGUUAUAGAUCUCUCCAUGGUUACACAGGGAGGGAUGUACGUCUUCCAGCUUUUUGACUAUUAUUCUGCCAGUGGAAUGACCCUGUUGUGGCAGGCAUUCUGGGAAUGCAUUGUUGUCGCUUGGGUUUAUGGUGCUGAUAGGUUUAUGGAUGACAUUGCCCGUAUGAUCGGUUACCGGCCUUUCCCUUGGAUGAAGUGGUGCUGGUCGUUUCUUACUCCAUGUGUUUGCAUGGGAAUUUUCGUGUUCCACCUGGUGAACUACAAGCCUCUAACCUACAACAAUGUGUACGUGUACCCGUGGUGGGGAGAGAUGAUCGGAUGGUGUAUGGCUCUCUCCUCCAUGCUCUGCAUCCCCGUUAGUGUCGCCUACAAGCUCAUCAUGGCCAAAGGAUCCUUCCGACAGCGCUGGGAAAUUUUGACCAAACCCGUAUGGGGUGCACAUCACCUGGAAUACAUGGCGCCCGGCGCUGACACGCAAAGCCUGCCGUCCUCGUCCCCCGGAACCGAAGACAACAAGGUCAUCAUCUUCGAGAGCGGCAUGUAGCCGCGAGGUCGGAGGAACGAAGAAAACGACAAUGGCCGGAAAGACAAGCUGAUAAUGCCGCUGCUCGAAGCUGUUCUCCAGUCCGGCUUUUACACUCAUCUGUAUUUAAACAAGCAUCAUUUAAAAACAUGAGUUUACAAAGACAUUUCUGUUUUGUUUGUUUUUUUUUUUGCUUUCAGAACUCCCGGGUUGAAAUCGCUGCUCUUUCUGUUUCACUCCUGCAGUUCUGUUUGUUUCGCAGCGCACUAUUAGCUUGUCCUCGCUUUGGACGAAGAUGUGCGGCACGAAAGAGAGACGGAUUCUAGCUUUGGUGUAGCUUUUUUCUUACCAUCACCUCCUCAGGGCAGAAUUCCCACAAUAUCCUCCUCGUCCAAUCGGAGAAUUCAGUUCAAAUUCAAUUCACUUGUAUUGCAAUUUUAAAAUUAUGCAUUGCAGCAGUUUUAAAGAAAUGAUUUAUUAUUAUUAUUAUUAUUAUUAUUAUAUAAAUUAUUAAUGUAAAUGUAUAAAACGCUACCUAUGAGUUUCUCUCUAAUGAGAUUUCACCGGAUUCUAAAGGGAACCUAUCAGAUCAACUCUAAUUACGACCUGAGUGAUGUAGCUGAGGCUGAGGAACUGUCUGAGCCAAGUGUAAGCCAUUGUAGCACAAAUUAGAGCCCAAAUCUAUCGUCACUUACGUGUACACGUGCCUGGGACGAGGGGGAUACACACACACACACACACGGAUAUAAACGUACACAAUGAAAUCUUCACUCAUAGAAUUGCUGUAGAAACAGCGAUCGGGUCCACUGUAUUUAAGGGCCAAAAUAGACGUUCACUCCACAUUCUUCCUUCUGUAGUGUAUUAUUCAGUAUUACUAACGUAUUCGUGUCUGUUCAGGCCGGACUAAUAAAACACCAGAGAAUAAGUGUUAGGUUAAACGCUCAUUUUUUGACCAUCGAGGAGGUAUGAAGUAACGGAUCGUACGACGAACAAUUCCUGUUUAUUGCACAGUUUUUACAGUCAGGGGUUGUUUAUAUAAAAAAUUUUUGUAAUACGUCAAUUAUUGACUUUAUUUGUUUUGCGUGCCAAAUAUCUCGCUCAGUCAGGAAAGACUCGUUGCCAUACAGGACCGAGUUGAACUUGUAUUCCUGUUCAGCUUCUCCACAAACGACUAGUAGCUAAAGGAAACAUCACGUCUGCAUUUUUUUUUUUACACCAAAACGUGAGGAUGAGAAUCUUAAAGGAGAUUAACUUUAGCUUUCUUUUUUAAUCCCGUGAUAUCAGUGAUGUCGAAUUGCCAAAAAAAUGAAUAAAUCUGAAUUUACGCUCGCAGUGUAAGACUAAGGGGUCGGUAUUGGGGCCGUCAGGAAUCAUUUGAAACACAUCAUUCUAUAGAACACACUAGAAAUUGAUCAGAGGAUCAAAGAGUUUUUACUUUUCCAGAGUUUAAGACCUUUUUUUUAUUAAAUGCAGGAAUUCUUAAGUGUGUAGUCAGAAUACCGAAAUGUAUUAUCCUUCCACGUCUACCUUCAGACUUCCAUUAUUGUCUAGCUUUUUUUUUUUUGCUUCAAUAGAAAAAGGGGGUUAAAACCCUUAUUCGUGGCAACCACUAAUGACACAACAAUACGUUUUGUUAAGAUGAAAAAAAUUUCUAAAAUAUCAACGAUUGCAUUACAAUUUUAAAUUUUGAUCGCCCGCUACUCAGACGUCCAAACAAGGUUUUUUUUUUCUUUUCUUUUUGUUUGUUCGAGCGUGUUGACUGAUCCGACCUCAGAUCCUCAUCACUGUAACUGAUGGCAAACAGUUGCCUUUUUUACCUUUUUUUCAUUUGUUUGUUUGUUCGUUCGCUUUAGCGCCCAUUCACAUCAAGGUGUAAGUGCGUAGUGGGAAUUCUGCCCUUCUUUCCUUUCUGUAGUGUAGCUUACUCUUUAAGCCUUUCUAACACCAAUCUGAAAAAAAGUCUAAAAACUAUUAGAAUGUUUAAAAAAAAAAAAGAAGAAAAGUAAAAAAAAAGUAGACGUUAAAUUUUAAUGUUGUUUUACAUAAUGUGAAAUUAAUCAGAGAUUUAUUUUGUAAAGGCUUUUAUUUUGCUGAUAUACAUAUAUACAUUCAUAUAUAUAUAUAUAUAUAUAUAUAUAUAUAUAUAUAUAUAUAUAUAUAUAUAUAUAUAUAUAUAUAUAUAUAUAAUAUCUGUGAGGUAUAUUUUCAAAGUUUGCUGCAGGAUGAAUUUUUGAUAAAGAUGUGACUGUGGAAAGGGUUGAUGAUAUUGAUGAUAUGAUUCAGUGGUGUUUUUGAGAAACACUGAGACAGCACAAUUAUAUGCGUUGUCUGUUAUAAGUAUCAAGCUCGUGUGUGUGUGUGUGCGUGUGUGUGUGCGCGAGUGUGUAUGUGUGUGUGUGUGCUUUAUGUGUUAGAUUUCAGUAUUUUCCGCUGACCACCCAGGGACCAAACACGACUGAAUUGAUCAUCUGGAGAGUUCCUCCCCUUUUCCAAUUUUCCUGAUUUCCACUUCAUCCCACAGCACCCUGGGAUGGUCAGCUGAUAAAAUGUUGUUUAGUCAUUGUACGUAAAAAAGUAAAGAAAGCAAAAAAAUAAAAAAAAAAAAAUAAAAAAACGUGUUCUUGACAGUAGCUUCGUCCCAAAGACUCGCUCACUGCAAUUGAACUGGUUAAUGUCGUGUUGUCAUCGAGAGCGUUUUAGAAAAAUCUAGAAACGUAUCAUAAUGGGAUUUUUCUUCAAUCAAAACGUUUUUACCGUAUUUGAAUACGCGGAUUAAUUUAUAAAUAAAUUAAUGAUAAUAAAACAACCGUAUUUGAAUUCCUCUAUAUUUCUAAACGACUGACUUUUACUCUUUUAGAAAUGAAAAGCUGUAAAAUGUAAAUCUGUAAUCAAAUUCUUAUGAUUUUAAGUGUUUUACCAGUUCAAUCAACCAGCAUUAACAUUUUUUUAAAUUAAAAAAAAAAAAUUCUAGCGGAUCAGCAGUGAUUAUCUUUGUUCGGAAUAGUGAACUCUUCAAUAGAAUACCAUAAACUUUUGGCUUCAGAGUUUCGAAUCCAGUUCUAACUCGAGAAAGUUAUUUUCUUUUGAUAAUAUAUUACAGCACGUUAUAUUGUUGGUGGACCGAAACACUAAAGCUUUGGGUCGAGUUACUGUUUCGAAGGUUCUCUUACUAACGUAGUAAAAGUAGUGAUUAACUCUUUCAUCGUUGUGCUUGGUGACAUGCCGUGAGCCGUACCCACAGUCUUCCAUUCGUAAGCUGAAGUAGUAAUAAACAUAACGACUCGUGCUGUAACUAAAGUCAUUGCUUGUGCAGGAUUUGAUCACUGAUGAUGUUAAUGUUUGAAGGGCUUCAUGCUUUACACCACUGUGACUGUGUGCUGAAGAUCCACUCACCCAUAUCAGAGCAACAACUGGCAAUAAACCAACUAACUCCAUGGCAA